AUGGAGGAUUCGGAUGAAGACAUUGCUGUAGUGGGUAUUGGCUGCAAUUUCCCCGGUGGGGAAGGACUUGACAGUUUCUGGAAGGUUCUGUCGGAGGGAAGGAACUGUGCGGUGCAGAUUCCAGAUGACAGGUUUGACAGCACGUUCUGGUACGACCCGGACGACAGCAAGGCUGGAAAAUCAUGCUGUGCCAAGGCAGCUCUGAUUGAUGGGUUCAACAAAUUUGACCACAGGUUCUUUGGCAUCGCUGAGGCUGAGGUGGAUUUCAUGGACCCCCAGCAGAAGCUCCUGCUGGAGUGCACCUACAGAGCCCUGGAGGAUGCUGGGAUACCAAUGGAGAAGGCCAGCGGAACCAGAACCGGGGUGUUCAUAGGUCUCAUGAACAGAGAUUAUGAGAAGGGACUGAACAGGAAUGCUGACACAAUAACACACUACAACGGCACAGGGACAGCCAUGAGUAUAGCAGCCAAUAGGAUCUCCUACACCUUCAACUUCACUGGACCCUCAUUGGCUAUUGACAGCGCAUGCUCCUCCUCUCUUGUGGCUCUGCACUAUGCCAUCCAGGCCAUUAAACAAGGAGACUGUGAGAUGGCAGUCUGUGGGGGAGUCAGCUGCAUCAUUGAGCCACGAGUCUUUGUUGCUCUCAGCAAAGCCAAAAUGAUCUCCCCCGAGGGCACCAGCAAACCUUUCUCCAGCAGAGCAGAUGGCUAUGGGAGAGGAGAGGGCUGUGGGAUUGUCCUACUUAAGCCACUUAAAAAAGCCCUGCAGGACUUUGACCAUGUAUGGGGCAUCAUUAGCAGAACUGCAGUCAAUCAGGACGGCCGCUCCGUCACUCCAAUCACCAAGCCGUCCAUGGCCCAGCAGGAGGAGCUGCUCCGCAGAGUUUACUCUACAGGGAUUGAUCCUUCACAUGUCCAAUACAUAGAGGCUCAUGGGACUGGAACUCCGGUGGGGGAUCCCAUUGAAGCAGGGAGCAUCUCCAAAGUCAUUGCCAAAGCCAGACCCCCAGGAUCAGACCCGCUCUGCAUCGGCUCUGUGAAAGGUAACAUCGGACACACUGAGUCCGCAGCUGGAGUGGCGGGACUCAUCAAGGUGCUUCUCAUGAUGCACCAUGAAACAUUGGUUCCUUCACUCUUCUACUCUGAGGAUGGGGCCAGUAUCGAUGGCAAAGCCCUGAAUCUGAAAAUUCCCACCAGAGUAGAGAAGUGGGAAAAGACUGGCCCAAUGGGAAGGAUUGCAGGUGUCAAUAACUUUGGAUUUGGAGGGACAAAUGCACACGCCAUUGUCAAACAGCUCUCUCGUUCUCAUUUCACGGAGUCAUUUAGUCGCAGUUGUACCAAAAUAUUUGUACUCUCUGCUGCCUCUGUAAACUCUUUGAAAAUGGUAAUGGAAGACACAGCUCACAAGAUAAGUACAGACAAUACUGUAGGCCUUGAUGUGCUAGUGUACACAUCAGCUUGUAGGAGAAGCCACUCAAAACACAAGUACCGAAAAACAUUCCUUACAUCUUCUUUGAGCGAUUUGGGAGAAGAGCUCAAAACUGUGAUGAACAAAAACAUUGCACCAUCAAAGUCAGACACCAGGUUAGUGUUUGUGUUUUGUGGAAAUGGGGUUACGUACAAAGGCAUGUGCAAGCAGCUUUUGAAAGAAGAGCCUGUUUUCAGAGAAAAAGUGAAAGAGGUUGAGAACCUUUUCCAGAAGUACAAAAGCACCAGCAUUUUACAGAAGCUGGAAAAUGAUUAUGACAAUGACAAUUACUCAGAACCAGAUGUUGUCCAACCCCUUCUCUUUGCAAUCCAGGUUGCCAUUGUUAGCCUUCUAAAGCACUGGGGUGUCAGACCUGAUGCCAUUCUUGGCCAUUCUGUAGGAGAGGUGGCUGCUGCCCACUGCUCUGGUCUGUUGUCUCUUGAAGAUGCAGUGAAGGUCAUCUACUUCCGCAGUGUGUUGCAGAGCAGGGUCACAGGAGGGAAAAUGCUCGUUGUCAGCAACGUAGAAGUGUCAGAAAUACUGAAGCUCCUCCCUGCCUACUCUGGGAAGGUCUGCUUGGCUGCCUUCAACAGCCCUCAGUCCUGCACCCUGUCAGGUGAUGCAGAUACUGUAGAGAGUCUUCAUCAGAAGCUGAAGAUCUCAUUCAACAGUAAAAAUCUAUUUCUUCACAUUUUAGACGUCCCUGCGGCUUACCAUAGCCACAUGAUGGAUCCUAUCCUGACCGAAAUCGAGGACAGCAUAGGUCCCCUUCAACAGAAUGAAAUGGAAGCAGAGUUAUUUUCAACUGUGACAGGAAAGGUGUUUUCCCAAGGGGAUUUUAGCACAGGGAAAUACUGGGCUCAAAAUGUUCGUGAGCCAGUUGCUUUCAAGCAAGCAGUGAAAUCAGCAGCCAAAGACAAGAAGAACGUAGUCUUUGUAGAGAUAGGUCCCAGAAGGGCCCUGCAGAGGAACAUCAUGGAGACAUUGGGAAAUGAUGUCACGGUUUUCCCCUCCGUGCAGCCAGAUAAAGACCGUGAGACGCUGCUGACUGUUGUGUCCAAACUGUUUGAGCUGGGGGUACAAGUAAACUGGGAUCAGUUUUACAGAGGGUGUGAGGCACCACCUACACCUUUCCCCCGGUAUCAUUUUGAUUGUGUAAAAAAGGAGUUGUUCUCAGAUAAAGCCCGGAGGGGCAAUGAAUUGAUGUCCAGCAUUAAACAUCCUCUACUGGGCACAACAGUUGAUGACAUGGAAUUCAGUUGCAGCUUGCAUUCAGAUGAAGCAUCCUUCAUCUAUGAACACAAAAACAAUGGGGUUGUCAUCGUGCCUGGUGCUCUGUAUGUUGAACUGGGUUUCGCUGCCUUCAUGGCAAGCGUAAGACCAAGAUUACCCCUCAGCUGCCUACAGCUAGAGGUCAGCUUCCAAAACCCAUUCAUAGUCGGCAAGAAUUCCCCGGAGAUGAGAGUACAGCUUGAACAGGCAGAUAAUGGGAUGAGAUUCAGAGUGUUUUCUCCAUUGGCUACCUAUGCAUCAGGGUGUGUUCAGCUUGGUGAUGACGUGUCCGUUGAAGAGCGUAACAUUUCCUUGGACUGCGUAUUCAGACGGUGCCAGUCGGUGGUGAAAACGGAGCAAGUGUACAGCGUCCUCUCCCAGAUCGGCUUUCAGUACAGCUCAGUUUUCAGAGGCCUCGGAGAUGUGCACUACGGGGAAGAAUUCGGGGAGGCAGCUUCCUCAGUCAGCAUCCCUGAUGAAAUUCUUAUCCAGUUGCAUGACUACUGCAUUCACCCGGUGGCGCUGGAUUAUUUUCUGCAGAUGGCAGCCAUAGUUGCAUCAAGUGGAUUCAAGUCAAAACCUGGUUUCCCUACUGCUAUCGGCUCAAUGACAGUAUUACAACCCUUACAUAAAGAAAUGGUCAUUUAUUUAAGGGAAACCAGUGUGGGGUCAGACUAUUUUGAAGCCUGUGGAUGCUUUACUGGUAGAAAUGGCAAUGUAUUAGUUGAACUGAAACAUGUGAGAAUCAAAUAUCUAGGAGGUGGUUUAAGUGUUGCUGAGGAAUUUUUCUUCCAAAACAAACUGACUUCCAUCUCGGAGGAUGUCACUGUCAGCCACAAACCAAAAGCUUUGGUCUUUGCAGACACACUGGGUGUUGCCGAAGCACUGCAACAGCAUUUGCACCCAAAGUCUUAUUACAUCCCCUACAAAGACCACUCAAAACCCAGCAUCCCUGAUUUGCUUUCAGGUUUGAAAGUAUCAAAAAUUGGGGAAGAAUUCAAGGAGGUUUUAUUCAUGUGGGGCAUUCAAAAUCUCAGCGAACUAAAAGGAGAGGAGGUUUUGGCGCACCUGGUUAGCUGCUGUGAGAUCUACCGUCAACUGCUUGUGAGAUUGAGGGAGGAAAAUUUCCCCCAUCCUAUCCGAGCUGUGACCUACAGAUUAGCAGACAAGGCAGUGGACCAAAUCAGUUCAGGGUUUGUGUUUCCUGGCAUGAUCAGAUCAUACGCCGCCGAAAUUCCAAGUCUUUCCUUUCAGUUGAUUGAUGUCAGCUCUGCAUUAGCUGAGGACAUAAGAGCUUUGGGUCAGGUCAUCCACUCGUAUCCUUGCAGCAAAUACCCAGAGAUUGUAAUAAACAAAGGUAAGCUGUAUGCUACUGAGGUGACACGCACACCUCUGAAAUUGACUGUCAGCAGUAACAACGGAUAUCAGUCCUACUAUGCAGAAAAUUUCACAUUGCAGACUGCUGAUGCCUACAAAAUGACAACCUUGACAGCCAUUCCCUGUGACAGGGAAAGUGAUAAGGAGACGCAAACAGUUGAGGUUCAGUUAAGCAAAAUCUGUGUUCACUCAUCAGACUACUUCCCUGUCAGUGUUUCUGAUCUGACUUUUGGUCAGACUAUGUACUGGAACAAACACACAUCUCAGAACCACAAGCUUCUGGCUCUCGACUUCAGUGGUACUGUUACAGCUGUGGGGAGGGAUGUGAGCAAGCUGAAAGUGGGAGAUCAUGUUGUUUCAUGCUACCCUGUAGCUGCAUCCUCCAAGAUUGUGAUUCCCGAAGCUGCCUGCUACAGCACAAAGAAAUUUCCAUUUCUCAAGGAAGUACCAUGUGUGUCCUACUUUGUGCUGUCGUGGGAAAUCUUGCACAAUUCGCUACCCAAAAUAAGACAGCAGAGAAAGCUGGGUGUCAUCUCAUCUGAGCCUGACUCCAGUCUUGUGCAGGUCUUGGUGCUUUCAGCAAACAAGUCCGGAUGGAUCACUGUCGUAGGAGCACAGUCUAGUGGACUGCUGCAGAAUGUGAAUAGGUGUGAAACAUUCAUUUUCUUACCCCCAUUUGAUGUGUCUUCAGUUUCCAUAGCGUGCAGGGUUUCCACCGCCAGGAAUGUUGUUGUAGUGUGCGAUAACCAGGUGUCAUCUUCUCUGUCACAAAACAUCUUUAGAAGUGAGAGUGAAAAUGUUUGCAUUCAGACUCUUCAAGUAGCCAGUGUGUUCCAGAAAGCUUAUCUCAAGAAGCAGAAAGUACGCAUCUCUCAUUGGUUGAAAUCCUUGCACCUGCAGAAGAAAUCUCUAGACCUGCAAGGUGUCACGUUUGAAAGAGUGACAUCUGGAAGCAUUGACUUCUUGCCACUGCAAGAAUCUGAAUGCUACUUCUGCUCAAAGACAACGUCCAUCAUUGUGCUUAAUGCUGGGGAAAAGAACAAGAAUGAAAUGUCUCACAUUCCUGUGCUUGAGAAUCAGAGGCAACUUUUCCAGAAGAACUCCGUGUACAUAGUGACAGGGGGGCUGUCUGGGCUGGGGUUCGAAACCGUGAAGUUCAUUGCUCAAAGAGGAGGGGGCUGCAUUGCCAUUCUUUCUAGAAGAGCUCCUUCCUCUCAGAUGCAUCUUGAGAUAUCUAAUCUGCAGAAUCAGUGUGGCGUGUCUGUCAUCAGUACAGAGUGUGAUGUCUCAGUGUCAGAGCAGGUUGUCAGUUCGAUCGCUCUCAUUGGACAGAGGUUUCCCACCUGUCCAAUCAGAGGAGUGUUUCACAGCGCUGUCGUCUUACAUGACGGGCUACUGGAAAGUCUUGACGGAUCCCUCUUUGAAAAAGUCCUGAAGCCGAAAGUCGUUGGAGCUCUGAAUCUGCAUCACGCAACAAGGCACUGCAAGCUGGAUUACUUUGUGUGCUACUCCUCCAUCACCUCAUUUACUGGUAGUUCAGCUCAAAUCAACUACGCUGCAGCUAAUUCGUUCCUUGACAUGUUGUGUCAUUAUCGGAGAAACCUUGGACUUGCAGGACAGUCCAUUAACUGGGGGGCUUUGAAUGUCGGCCUCCUGCUGAACAAGGAUAAUUUGCAGAAGUUUCUGGAGGCCAAGGGCAUGAUGGUUAUGGGGGUCCCAGAAAUUCAUGAGGGCCUGGAACACAGUUUGUUGCUAAACAAUCCCCAACAAGUUGUGUGCAAGUUCAACUUCAGAAUCAUGAACAGUCACGUCCUUUCUCAAAACAGAUACCAGAGAAUGCGUUUCCUCACACUGAUCACCGAAGAAUUCAAAAAUGCGAAAAUUCCAGAGCCCCAGGUUCAGCAGUUAGUUACCCCUUCCUUACCAAGAGAGUAUAUCAGGUCAGUACUCAGUGAAACCUGCAAUGUGGAACUGGACGAGCUAGAUGAUAAUACUGCGCUUUCUGCUCUCGGCGUAGACUCAAUGCUAGCCAUGACUCUGCAGAACGUCAUCUUCCAACAAAGAGGAGUCAGUGUUCCCCUUGUCAAAUUACUGGACCCAAACAGCACCCUGUCCACUUUGGUAUUACUCCUGGUGGAAGCGGACAAGGGUGCAGUUCAGAGAGAGGACCUAAGCCAGAUUUUGGAAUCGAAUAAUAAUGAGUAUACACAGCUGUGA